AUGCUGUUCAGAGCAAUGUUUACACAAAGUCAUUUUGGGUGGCUGGUUCAGUAACCUAGAGGACACUAGAGUUCUGCAGAGGUGUUUAGGACAUCUUUUACUAAACACAUCUUUGUGGGAUAAACUGAAGUUUGAAGCUUUCUGGAAUGAUGAACAGUUUAUGUUUGGCUUUGGUCCUGCUUCCAUUCGUUUUUGGCUUAGAGCUAACAGGACUGUUUGGGAGCAUCACCACUCCCAACUUCCCAAAUGUCUAUCCCAACAACCUGCGCAUGGUGUGGAAUAUCACAGGACCAGAAGGACACCGAUUACGCCUCUACUUCACUUAUUUUAGCCUGGAGCCUUCUCACCGAUGUGAAUAUGACUAUGUUCAGGUGUUCUCAGAAGGAAAUGAGACUGUUCGGUUCUGUGGUGAGGUAGAGAAAAAUUAUGGCGAUGCACCCAAAAACACUGUCAUCUAUUCUGCCACCAACACGAUGUCCAUGCUCUUCAGAUCAGAUUACUCCAAUGAGGAUCGAUUCACAGGGUUUCAGGCAUUUUAUUCCGCAGAAGACAUUGACGAGUGCCUGAACAGUGUGGAUGGAGAGCCCAUGUGUGACCAUUAUUGCCACAAUUAUGUGGGGGGAUUUUACUGCACUUGUAGAUUGGGAUACCAGCUCCACGCUAAUAGAAGACACUGCACUGUUGAGUGUAGUGGGCAGGUAUUUCAGGAGAGGUCAGGAGAACUGAGCAGUCCAGAGUACCCAGGCGUUUACCCCAAGAUGAGCCAGUGUGAUUACACUAUCAGCUUGAUGGAAGGCUUCCAAGUGACCCUGGACUUCAAGGACCUAUUUGAUGUGGAGACUCAUCCUGAAAUCCUCUGCCCUUAUGACAUCCUCAAGAUCACCGCAGGUGGGAGGGAGUAUGGCCCAUUUUGUGGGAAGACUCCACCAGAAAAAAUAGAGACAGGCACAAACAAAGUGCAUGUGACAUUCCGCUCAGAUGGCUCAGGGAAAAACAAAGGCUGGAAGAUCAAGUAUACCAGCACAGCCAAGCCCUGUCCAAACCCUGUGGCUCCUAAACAUGGACAUAUUGACCCCAAGCAGUCUCAGUACAUCUUGAUGGACACUUUCAGUGUCACAUGUGAUCGGGGCUAUGAGUUAGAACUGGGGGAGGAAACAUUGCCCUUUUAUCAAGCCACAUGCCUAAAGGGUGGAUUUUGGAAUGGACCGAUGCCUGACUGCAUCAUUGUUGAUUGUGGAAAUCCUGAUGAAAUUUAUAAUGGAAGUGUAAAAUUCACUACAACCACAUAUCAAUCAAUGAUUGAGUAUUCCUGCAAUACAUUCUACACAAUGGAGGCUGGAACAAAUGGAGUCUAUACCUGUGCACAUGAUGGCUAUUGGAGAAAUGCCCUGGGUGUUAAAAUGCUCCCAAAAUGUUCACCCAUUUGUGGCAAGCCCUUAGGGAAACUAUCCAGAGUGAUUGGUGGGAAGGAUGCAGAGAAGAAUGAGAUUCCCUGGCAGGUCAUGAUACUGGUGGGCUCCAAGUUCAUAGGAGGUGCUUCUCUGGUGUCGGAUGACUGGGCCCUUACUGCUGCUCAUGUCCUGAAAAGCUAUGAAGAUUCCUCCAACCUAAUGCUGAGGAUGGGCAUAGUCACAUAUAACGACCAAAAUGCGAUAGUUGCCAUUCCAGAGAAAAUCUUCAUUCACCCUCUGUACUAUCAUGAUAAUAUUAACUUCAACCAUGACAUUGCCCUGAUUAAACUGCAGUAUAAGGUACCUGUCAAUGAUGCAGUCAUGCCUGUGUGUUUGCCUGGGACAGAAGAGCGCUUUCUUUUGAAGGCUGAUGACAAUGGGAAAGUGUCUGGAUGGGGUGUACGGAAUGUACAAGUACGUGUAAGACAUUCCCAUAGUCUCCAGUACGCACUCUUACCUGUUGCUGAUUUUGAGAGGUGUAAAGCUAAAUAUGAUUCCACAGUGUCAGAUAAAGGGAAACUAGUAGUGACAGAGAACAUGAUAUGUGCAGGGUUUGAUCAGGGAAAGGUAGAUUCAUGUGAGGGGGACAGUGGAGGGCCUUAUGUGUUUUUUGAUGGCCAAAGUGAAAGUUGGUUCAUAGGAGGUAUUGUGUCCUGGGGUUAUGGGUGUGCCCAGCCUGGGUAUUAUGGGGUUUAUACCAAAGUGAGCAAUUACCUAUCCUGGAUUAAAGAGAUAAUGUCAAAAAACAGCUAAAAGUUGUGAAAAUGCUCAAAUGUUUGACUUCAUUUGUUUCAUUUAGCAAAAUGUUGCUAAUUACUGUUGAUAACUCUGCAUGUGACAUCUAAGACCUGUAGGUGAUUUUUUAAGCAGAUUUGAAAGCAAGCUGAGAUUGCUGUGUGUUGUAAGAUGCAACUACAUUCAUAAAUAAGUUUCAGAAGCCAAA